ACCUGCGGUAUGGAGUCGUAAAGUUCGCAGGCGAUGAACGCGUUAGGUUUAAGUUUACUGGUUAAAAUGGGGUGUUUUUGUAGUCGGGAGGUGCUCUACGUAAACAACACGCGAUACGUAAUCAGGGAGAAGCUGGGCGAAGGGGGUUUCAGCACGAUCGAUCUCGUCGAGAACGUCGCGACGAAGAGGUGCUACGCGGUGAAACGCAUAAUCUGCCACAGCGUCGACGACCAGAAGACCGCCCUGCUCGAGAUCGAGUACUGCAAGAAGCUGAGGCACCCGAACAUAAUCGAACUGAUCGACUCGACCUUCAAAGGUUCGGCCGAUAUUGUGGUGAACGCGACGUCCGAAGUGUACAUGGUGCUGCCGUUUUAUCGGCGCGGCACGCUCCACGACUACCUGGACGUCCGGAGUGCGACCAAGGACUAUUUGAGUGUUUCGGAAAUUUUACGGAUAUUUAGCGACGUGUGCGGAGCGGUGAGGUAUAUGCACGAGUUCAAGCCGGAGGCGUUGGCGCAUCGCGAUCUGAAGACGGCAAACGUCUGCCUUACGGACGGCUUGAGUCCGGUGCUGAUGGAUUUGGGGUCGGUCGCGCCCGCGAAGGUGCAGGUGUGCGGUUCUCAGGACGCCCAGAGGUUGCAGGAUUUGGCGGCCGAGCGCUGCUCGAUGCCCUAUCGAGCACCGGAGCUGUUCAAUGUGAAGAGUUUUUGUGUUAUUGACGAACGAACUGAUAUUUGGAGUCUCGGCUGUGUUCUGUACGCGAUGUGUUAUUUUAAAUCGCCGUUCGACGCGGUGUACGAACGCGGCGAUUCCGUGGCCUUAGCUGUGAUGUCGGGAAAGAUCCAUUUUCCCGAGGACACGCCUUUUACUCAGGAAAUGCAUGACUUGGUUUCGUUCAUGCUUAACGAAAAUCCCGCCGAGAGACCAUUUAUUACCGAUGUAAUCGAGAAAGUUGACGAUUAUGUGAGAAUUUUAGAUAACCAAGUGUAAUAUACGUGCUCACGUUUUGCAAUUUGUACCUAACUUAUUUUUGUGUAGAUAAUUGUGCAUUUGUAUCAUAUUUUAUACAAAGAUAUAUGAAAUAAAAAUAGGUAAAUAUAAACCAUCCUGUA